AUAAAAAGAUUUUUGAGAUUUUGGUUCUGCUCGUCCGUCUGUCAACAGGCACGAAGAAAGGAAUGAUUUUGAUGAGUUGACGAUUUUUCUGAAAAUGAUUUUCUUUUCGAUCUUUUCGAACUCAAUCACUAUCCAAAAUCAUCGAUCGUCAGUGAUCAUCAUUGAUUGUUGAUCAUCAUCGAUCGCGACUGGCUCCACAUCCACAACGUAUUCUUAUGAAAUUUUAUGUAUCACAAAUACUCGGAAAAACAAAGGAAGUUGAAUAAUGGGGAAUGCAAUUGCAGUGUGGUGGCUCUUGGUUCUAGUUGUGGUUUUGGCUGCCGCAAAUAUCGAGCUUGCGGAGGCGGCGAAAGCCAAGAAACCCAACAAUCCCCGGGAUUUGGCUUCCCGUUUCAGUGGCGGUGGGAUCGACGACUACGACGAAACAACCGCCGGUGUCACUGGAAUUCUCGAGGAAAACCCAGACUUUGUUCCCCUUGGAGAAGAAAGUUCAGACGAAGAACACAGUGACGAUGAUUACAGUGAUAGCGACGACGAUGCGCGAUCUGACGAAUCGGACGACGACGACGACGAUGUGAAGGCCAGGGUGUCCAAAAAGUUAAAAAAGACUAGAAUACCACGGCCCGGGAAAGUCCUGAAGCUUUUAAAAAAGAAUAGGGCGAGGGUCACCAUUGUACUAGCGGUGUUUGCGUUUCGAAACGAAAUUUUCCGGGCGCUCAAACAUCUCUCCGAGCGACACAAAUCCAAGAACAAGGUGACGGAUGUUUUGAAGCUGCUCUUGUUUGUGGACUUUAUGAGGAGGAUGCAGACCGGUGGAAAAGAAUCUUCCAAUCUCAUGAAAUUUAUUGGCCAUGCGAGUCCCCUCCUAGGUGCAUUGCUGGAAAAGACGAUGAAUUACAAUCCCGCCUAUAUUCCACCCAUCGAUCAGCAUUUUACGUUUGAGAGGUAAGCUGGACCGAAUUAUUCGUUCAAGAGUCAAAUACGGUGGAGUACUGGAUUGGGCUGCAACAUUGGAGUACUUACGAAACCAUCAAUUUUUAAUUUGUUGCGAUUUGUAGUUUGAACGAAUAUUAUCUCAAGGACGGCAUGGCGCUCCACAAAGCGCUUCACACUAGACACGACGGAUUGAAAUGGCCAUCUUCUUCGGCCACGCCCAUCUGUCCCGACUUCGCUUCGUCCAAAGGAAGCGCCGGACGCGAAUCAAAGGCAGAAAAUGCGACUGUUGUCGAGAACGAUGAUGGUCGAAUGGUCGUAGUUCUAGAUUGGACGAAACUUGAUACGAGCAUCACCUCCCUCGAACUUCUUAGGCAACAAGUUGCAUUUUUACUAAGCGAAUAUCGCAGCCUUGCGAUGCACAGAGAGGCUGCGGCGAACGCAACAACAAGGGGGAGUGAAGAUAGCAAGAAUGCUCUGCCCUCUGCUUCCACUCUAGAAGUGCUGGUGCUCUUGGAAUCACCGGGCGGAAGUGUUUCGGAGUACGGCUUGGCGGGGCAGCACUUGUUACGGCUGCGAAACGAACCCGGGAUUACGUUAACAAUCUGCGUCGACAAGGUAGCUGCUUCCGGUGGCUACAUGCUGUGUUGUACCGCGAGUCCGGGGCAGCUCUUUGCGGCUCCAUUUGCGUUGUUGGGCAGCAUCGGAGUCAUCGGGACCCAAAUCAAUGUCAACAAACUCUUGAACGAUUGGGGCAUCGAGCCACUCGAGUUUCGGGGAGGAAAAGACAAGGCCCCGAUAGGAUUGCUCGGACCAGUUUCAAAAGACGGAAAACGCACUACUCAAGCUAUGAUCGAUCAGACGCACAGAGCUUUUAAGCAACACGUCGUGGAUGCUCGACCCGUCCUGAAAGACACAAUCGAUGAAAUCGGAAGUGGAAACGUGUGGCUCGGUGUCGAUGCCAUCGAUGUGAACCUAGUGGACGCCAUCAAAACUUCCGAUGAAUAUAUCGAAGAGAAAAUACGGAGCGGCAGCAGGGUCUUCAAGAUGGUUCGGGUCUUCCGGUCGGGCUUUCUCCUGGGUCCGAGGAUCGGGAGCCUUCCUACGGCGCAAUGCAAGGGGGCGGUUGCAAAUGCCGAGCCGUCUGUUGCGUCGCUAGAAGAAAACAUCGAGAACUGGAUGCGGGCAUCGCGUUCAUGGAUGACACAGGUCCCCCUCCGCCGCAUCAAGUCGGUUUUGUCGAAAACGAUGCAUUCCUUUCCAUAGGUCUUAGAAUACGACAAUUUUCCAUCUCUCYUCCUAGAAUCGAAGCAUGCGGGAACGACAAAGUACCGAAGCAACGUUUUGAUCACAGUACUUGCAAGCUCUAUUUGUGACGGAGCCAUUGUAUAUAUGACUUUUGUGCAUAGUGUGCAUUUUGAUAUAGCUUUAGGCUAGCUAAUUGUUCAUACCCGGAUUCCAAACCUUGACUGCACUUGUUGGGAUCACACGUGUCAAUCCUAUCAGUCUGAACAGGCGAAUGGUUGAAUAGAAGGAACAGAUAACA